AAUUGAGAGCGGGAUCCAGAAUACUUCGUCGAGAAAACGUCGUUUUGCUUGCUGGUGCUUUUUAAAAUUAAAAAUUUCAAUUUACGAAUUACGAGUCGAAAUUUAUGACCUGACGGCGACAAAUUUGUUUAUCGAGUAGGAAGAUAGCGGAGCCAAUCUCUAGUCACUCGUAGGGUUUGUAGCAAUCGUCUAAGGUUGAAUCAUCAUCAUGCCUCAUUCUCCUAAAGCUUCAACUUCACGUUCGUCACAACAGUCUGUCGCUAAAAAGAAGAAGAAUGUUGCCCCCCCAAAAUCCAUCGUAACAAUCGUGCCGAAGGAACAGUUCAUCCUACAAAUCGACAUUCCUGACGACGACGACGGGAUGCCUGAAUUUCCCCUGUUUAUGUUCUCGAUUUAUCCAAAUUUCAACUAUGCUGAUGAAAUUGUCGGUUUAAUUCAUCGGAACGGAGGCUGGGUGAAAGUAUAUGAUGAAAAAGACGACAAAACUCGUAAACAAUUCGAUUGCACCAUUAAGUUGGUAAAUUUCAAGGAAAUCAUUUUAAACUAUGAUAAGCACAAAAUGGGAUUGCUUCCCAAUGACUCGUUUGAUUUUGAUUUCGUUCGUCAUUAUCUGGCCAAUCCUGGGCCACAUAUUAAGUUGGAGAAAUAUCGACUGACCGGCUCUGAUUACGAUAUCAAACGGGGGAAGUGUGCUGACGACGAUGUCGGAAAAUUUGAUGGCGACGACGUCGUAUGGAAACGGAAGAAUUGGGACCAACUUCCACGCCUACGACAUCCUGAUGCACGAGUCCCCGUGCCGAAGAUAAUGACUAUCUAUCAAGCUUGUGGUAAGCACAACUACACCGCUACGUCAUCCGAGGAGGACGAAGUAGACAAUACUGAAGGCGCUGGAGUGAUAGCCAACACGGCGGCGGCGGCGGACUCGGGCGCGGCAGAUUUACACCCUGACUCAGAAACUGAUGUAGCGCUUGAUAAUCAGGAUGAAGAUGCUGAUUCAUUACCGUCCGGUCCGCCAGAAAAUGCUCCGUCGACGGCGUCGAAUGACUCGUACAUCGUAGAAGAAGAAGUAGACGACGUAGAAGAAGAAUCCGACGAAUCUGAGAAUUCGUUGCCCAAAUCCAAAUCCAUUCUACCGAAAAAAGGGAAAGAAACUCUCUCAUUCGUCACAGAGUCGUAUCAGCCUCCUUUGGAUAAGCGAAAUCGCGUCAUUCGUACCGCUCGGAAGCGGGCAGGUCCACCCGCUUCAGGCGAAUGGGUCGAUUUGGGCAAUCAGGCCUCACCACCGCCACCACCACGUCAAGCAUCGCCAUCACCACCUCCACCUCCUCAAGUUCAAGUUCGAGGGAAGCGAAAAGAUAAGACCAAACGUGUCCUGGUCUCCCCACCACGUGACAAUUCUCCAGGUGAUCGCGUAAUGUCUUCUCCAUCACCGACGCCAACCGUGGCUGCUCCAAUACGACCAUGUAGCAAACAAUCUGACAACGGCAAUCUCAUCCCUGUCGCCACGUCGAGUACAAAAGCAACCGUGGCUGCCCCACUACGUAGCAAACCAUGUGAUACGAACACAAAAAAAGUGGCUCGUGAAAGGUCUGAUUCUAGCAGUAAUUCCAUCCCUGUCGCCACGCCGAGCACAUCCCGACAACCACCACCACCACCACGUGGUCAAAGCAGCCGUGGAGAAGAAGAGCGCUCCUCAAGGCGUCGCACGAGGGACUCGGAUAUAAAUUUGGAGUGCUCGGAUGACCAAUCAUCUGACUAUGACGUGGACGCUGAUGACAAUCCUACCCCACCACCGCGUAGAGCUGUGAUGGAACAGUCUGCAAAUUCUGCUCGAUGCAACUACGCUCCACGCGACCUCCAAGCUAUCCUGGACCUCGUCCUGCUUAACAAAUGGGGACGCUACGUCAAGGGGAUCGCUCUCUGGAGGUUUGUCGAACAGCACAGUCUGCUCGAACGUAAGAUUGGAUAUCGCACCGACCAAGCACUUUGGACCACGUUCAAGGUGAAAAUUCUCCCCGUCUUGAUGGGAGAAUCCAAUGCGACCACGUUCCGCAUUACGGACCAACAAUUAAGAGACUUUAGGGCGGAUCGGGCUGCGGCUCAACUAAAACAGUAUGGAAAUGCCUUCCCCAAAAAUAUUAACAUCCGGAAUGUGAAAAGGGUUUAAAUUUUACUAAUUUACAUGAUUCUAUUAUAUAUUUUUGUAAUUUUCAACCAAAUUGGUGAUCUCAUUAAAUUUGCAGACAUUUUUUAUACCAAUCUCUUCUCGUUUUUGAACUGUAAUUCAUGACUUGAAUCCAAUAAAAUCUAUAAAAUCGUAA